AUUCACAAUCACAAUUAGAACGAUCUGAAAUGAUCUUACUUGCUUUUUUCCUUCUUUUUCUCUUCAAUUAGUACAGCGCAUUUCAUAUCUUUUCUACACGUUGGCAUUCCUGUAAAGUGCCGAGCAAUAGCACGUUCACAACGAUAUCUCCGCAUGGACUUUCUAUAACUCCAUGGUGCAACACGCCGACUCGCGUAACCCACAAGAAAACCGCACCUGACCAUUAUUAUCAUAUAAAUAAAGAUUCAACCGUUUAGCACGUAUUAUCUGAUCGAGCAACCGGACGGGGAUCGAUAGUCAAUACGUGACAGAUCAAGCAAAGGCGAAUUGGUUAAUAAUGGGAAACGUAUUAGCCGCUUCCGUACUACCUCCGAUGCCGUAUUUGCCACCACCGGGUCAGGAUGCAACGCCGAGUUUAGAAAAGCAAGAUCAAUCUCAGGAGAAAUCAACCGAUGUGGAUAACCCGGGAACCAUUGAGGACCUGCACAAAAAAUGCAAAGAUAUAUUUCCUAUGAAUUUCGAGGGUGCCAAGUUGGUAGUUAACAAAGGAUUAAGCAACCACUUUCAUAUUUCGCACACUAUUAACAUGAGUUCUGUAGUGCAUUCUGGUUACAGAUUUGGUGCAACUUAUGUGGGUACAAAGCAGAUAUCACCUUCAGAGGCUUAUCCUGUAUUACUGGGUGAUGUUGAUCCCACUGGGAAUCUCAAUGCUAGUAUUCUUCAUCAACUUGGCACAAGAUUGAAGGGUAAAUUUGCAGCACAAGUACAAAGAAGUAAAUACACUGCUGUGCAAUUGACGACCGAUUACCGGGGCGACAAGUUUACCUGUUCGGCUACGUUAGGCAAUCCAGAUGUCUUAAAUUGCACUGGUGUUCUUGUGUUGCAUUAUCUCCAUGCCAUAACUCCUUCACUAGCACUAGGCGGUGAACUUGCUUAUCAACGUGGAGGUGGUAUGCCAGGAGGACAAGUCGCGUUAUUAUCUCUCGCUGGCAGAUAUACUUAUGGCAAUUCAACAAUCAGUGGGAGCAUCAGUCCAUCCGCAUGCCAUCUGUGUUUCCAUCAAAAAGCUAGUCAACAAUUGCAGGUGGGCGUAGAGUUAGAAAUCAAUGAACGGAUGCAAGAAUCGUCGGCGACUCUUGCCUAUCAAGUUGAUUUACCAACAGCAGAUUUAGUGUUUAGAGGUAGUAUAGACACGAAUUGGGUGAUAGGAGCGGUACUUGAAAAGAAGUUGCAACCAUUGCCAUUCUCGUUCGCCCUUAGCGGUAUGAUCAAUCACUCCAAACAACAAUUUAGAUUGGGGUGCGGCCUAAUUAUCGGUUAAGACCGAUACGUGUACGUGUGACUCGCGUGAUAGACAUUCGGGAGAAAUCUGCGUCGUUUGGCUGUGUAGCCGAGCACAAUUACGUAAUUAGAAUUUCCGAAUGCUACAUCAAUUAUUCCGACCUGAAUGAUUAUUACGGCAUAACGUCUAAGUUGGAGAUGCAACAUUGUGUGAAGUGAUCGUGUUGGUUUAAUUAAAAGUCAGGAUUCCAGGACUGAGCAUUUCUCUUGCUUUUAAUACACUGUCAAUAUCUUUUCUUAGUAUUGAGGUAAUAGACUUUCAUUUAUCACGAAGGAACUGCACAUUCGACUUCACUUUCACGACGAUCUCGAGGAUUUUAUACAUCAAAUGUCUGUGUGCACAAUUGUAAUUGUCGUAGUAAGUUGAAACAAAGACUGUGGAUUAAAGUCUUUUGAUUUAGAAGAAGAAUUAAUUUAAAAUUAAUUAUGUAAAACAAUUCUCCCUUUUACUCGACAUUUAUAACAGUCUGUUACCGAGUAAUAAUAUUCCUGUUACCCUUAUUUUCCCGAUGCUUUUAUUCAGAUAUAUUUUUAGAAGGAAAAUGUAAAUAACGUUGUAAAAAUAUCCACGAUGUGCAUCUUAUUUAUGCGCAUACGCAAGGCAACAUAAUUGCUAACCAUUUAGGGUACAUGUAUAAUUUAGCACGAGUUACGGACGAAGAUAUAACGUCUUUGGGACAUAUUCGUGAAAUUGAAGCACGCGGUAAUAUGAAAUUCUUUUAUUUUCCUCACGCAUGACACUCUAAUAACAAUUAAUAAGCCCCACAGCGGAAGAAAACAUGCAUACGUUACGUGUCGACGAAACGAUGUAAAAUUUUAUAUUUAAAAGAAAUAAUAGAGUAGAAAGACAUAAACUGAGCUUUAAACAGUUGCGGCAGCACGAUACAAUUACAUUCGACUCUACCCGAUUGUACACGAUUGUAAGUGUAAAGGAAUAAAGUUAUAUGUUGUUGAA